CCUCAUCUCUCUUUCUCCAACCCCAUUUAUUUUUCAUCCUCUUUUUAUGAACGACGGGGAAGAGUCCACAGGAAUCAAAUCGAAUCGAUACUCUAAAAUGGGGCUUUCUGUCUUCUCUUGCAACUUUCCGACUCCUCCCCGAUCCUCUGCUUUCCUUCUCACCUCUUGCGCCUAGGGUUUUUUUUUUUCUUUCUGCCUCCAUCUUCCUUUUUGAGGUGAUUUUGUUGGAUGUUCGAAUAAAGGAAUCAUGCCAACAUUUACUACAAUUGCGUUGGAUAGGUUGUUAGAACCUGGAACUUCCAAAUCUGUCGAUAAGCCCCUUCCUAAACAUAUGCCUGCUUUGACCUUUAACCGUGCUCCGAGCACGAAUUUGGAGAGGAGAAACAGCGCAUCAGCUGCUGAAAGAAAAGUUCAGCGGCCUCAAAUAAAGCCAGCUUUGUAUACCACUCCAGAGGCAACUCCUCUCCCGGAUUCACCAUCUUCAUUUCCUCCUUCCCCUUAUAUUGUCAAUCACAAGCGGCGUGGACCUCGACUUUUGAAGAGUUUCUCCGAGGAUGUGGUCUCUUCUCAUCAAAAGAUGAAUGAUAACGAUAUAGGAAAUGUGAAUGUGAAUGUGAAUGUGAAUGGUUCAGAUAGCAAUGAUGUAAAAUUGAGUGAGGGUGCUUCUGUUACUGUUGACUUGCCUAUUCCAAACAAAGAUGGACAUAGAAAUGGUCUAGAUUGUGCUACUAAUAGUAAUGUUGGUCAAAAUGGUAGCGUUGAUGGUGAUCAUGGUGCUACUGCUGUUCAACACGGGAGCAAUCACACUAAUAACGGAAGUACUAUGACGGUGAGCAAUGAUGUUGCUCGGGAAAAGGAUUCAUUGAAGGUUGUUGUGCCAACUUUGGACAGUCUUGGAGAUGCUGAAGACUUCUUCGACCCACAGGAUUCUUUGAGCGUUGCGAGUAACACAGAUGGAGAGGACAAUGGCUAUGAACGUUCAGCCAAGUUUUGUACUCCUAUGGGGGAAUUUUAUGAUGCUUGGGAAGAGAUGUCCUCUGAUGGUUUGCCACAUCCUUCUAUUUCUGUUAUUGAAGCUGAAUUGCGUGAAAUGAGACUAUCCCUAUUGAUGGAACUAGAGAAACGAAAGCAGGCUGAGGAAGCACUGGACAAUUUGCGGGGCCAGUGGCAGAGGCUUAGAGAACAUCUUUCGCUUGUAGGAUUGACCCUUCCUUCAGAUCCCACAGUAGCCACAAAUGGGAAUCACCCUGCUGAAGAAUUGUGCCAACAAGUUAAUAUUGCUAGGUUCGUGUCGGGUUCUAUUGGAAGGGGUAUAGCAAGGGCAGAGGUGGAGACUGAGAUGGAGGCACAGCUUGAAGCUAAGAAUUUUGAGAUUGCUCGAUUGUUGGACCGGCUCCAUUACUACGAGGCAGUGAAUCAUGAGAUGUCCCAGAGGAAUCAAGAGGCUGUAGACUUGGCACGGCGUGAGAGGCUGAGAAGGAAAAGGAGACUGAGAUGGAUGUGGGGUUCGGUUGCCACCGCAAUCACACUCGGCACUGCAGUCUUAGCUUGGUCGUACCUCCCAUCAGGAAAAGAUUCGUCAUCCAUGAACGAUUCGAAGGCCACCGAGCAUGAUGAUGCAACAGAUUGAUAAUUGCUGACACAAGGAAGUAGUUUAUGUAACCGUGUUAUAGAAGGAAAAAUGAAAAGGGAGGCAUACAUCAAUUACAUGUGGUAUAAUGUUGAUAUCAAACGUUGCUUUUGUCAGAGGUAUUCACAUGCCGAAAGGUAAAGUUGUUAUAAAUCAUCGGGUCUUAUGAUGAUUAAAGGUGAAAGAAAUGGGUUGAUUGUUGAGAUAUAUAUUUUGUUUUUUCCAGAUCUAACAGGGUUAUAUAUAACACCUGAAAUUUUUGGCAAGAUAUACACUCCGUUUACUGCUAACUGUAAUGGAAUACUGCGUUGAGCAUCAAAUAAUUAUUUGCGGACAAGAGUUGGAACUCUGUGAUGAA